UCAGUUCAGCGAGUCUAAACUCUAAAUCCGUCCUCGUUUGGGCCGUCUAGCUAGCUCAGAAAUCAAGCCUCGGUGCUACGCCAGCAAAAUCCAGCCCCGCCGGUGUUCCUCCGGCGCCGCACUGCUCGCUUCGAUCGGCAUGGCGUGGCUCGCUGGGGGGCUGUGGCUGCUGGCGCUGUUGAGGCUCGGCGCGGCGGCGGAGUCCGGCGUCGUCAAGGUGGACGGGAGCGUGGCCAUCGCCUCCACCGGCGAGUUCUUCGUCUGCGCCACACUGGAUUGGUGGCCGGCGGACAAGUGCGACUAUGGGACGUGCAGCUGGGGCAACGCGUCCCUCCUCAACCUGGAUCUGUCAAACGAACUCCUGCUCAACGCCGUCAGAGCCUUCUCGCCGCUGCUGCUCCGGCUGGGCGGCACGCUGCAGGACAAGGUGCUGUACCACACCCCCGACGACGGGCGGCUGCCGUGCGUGCCGUUCGCCAAGAACGGCUCGGCGACCUUCGGCUUCACGCGCGGCUGCCUCACCAUGUCCCGCUGGGACGAGCUCAACGCCUUCUUCCAGAAAUCCGGCGCGAAGGUAGUCUUCGGGCUGAACGCUCUCAACGGCCGUGACCCGGACGGCGGGUCCUAUAUGGGAGGGAGCUGGGACAUGACAAAUGCAGCAUCCUUCAUCCAGUACACGGUCAGCAAGGGCUACGAGAUCCAUGGGUGGGAGCUCGGGAAUGAGCUCGGUGGCAAAGCAGUCGGCACCUCGAUCGCCGCCGACCAAUAUGCUAAAGACGCGACCUUCCUAAAAUGGGUGUUGGAAGAUACUUAUGAGGACAGCCCGUCGAAGCCGCUACUGCUCGCUCCGGGAAGCUUCUUCGACGAAGACUGGUUCGGCGAGUUCAUCGCCAAAACGAGUCCAGAUAUCGUCAGUGUGGUCUCCCACCACAUCUACAAUCUAGGGCCAGGGGUGGACACACACAUCGUCGAGAAGAUUCUCAAGCCGUCCUUCCUCGAUGGAAUGGCAAGAACAUUCAGUGAACUCCAGAGGUUGCUGAAAACCGCAGGGACGUCGGCCGUCGCGUGGGUCGGCGAGGCUGGAGGGUCUUACAACAGUGGUCACCACCUUGUCACCGACGCGUUUGUGUUCAGCUUCUGGUACCUGGACCAGCUCGGGAUGUCGGCGAAGUACGACACAAAGACUUACUGCAGGCAGAGUUUCAUUGGUGGCAACUAUGGCCUGCUCAACACAACAACGUUCCAACCAAACCCGGACUACUACAGUGCUCUACUAUGGCAUCGCCUGAUGGGAACCACGGUUCUGGAUGCGAAAUUCAGCGGCACCAACAACCUGAUCCGUGCCUACGCACAUUGUGCGAAGAAUUCGCCAGGAAUCACUCUUUUGCUGAUCAAUCUGCACGGCAAUGCCAGGAACGACGUUUCCUUGACAAGUGAGGAGCCUCUUGUAGUUCAGGCGUCUGGAGCCAUGAGGGAGGAGUACCACCUCCUCCCGGAAGGUGGCGACAUUCAAAGCCAGGUGAUGCUGCUCAACGGCAGGGCCUUGACCACCGAUGCUGGGAACAUUCCCAGGCUGGAGCCCAUCAUUGUGGAUGCAGCUCAGCACAUCUCCAUUGCACCCCUAUCCAUCGCGUUUGUUCACAUGCCCAAUUAUUAUGCCCCUGCGUGUAGUUAAGGGCUUUUGGCGUGGUUUUUGUUGUUCUUGUUGUCAUAGAUGGGGAUAAGAGUGGCUAGACAUGCAGAUUAACUAGUACUGGUUCUUUAGCAGUCUUUUCUGCAAGAUCAGCAUUCCCAUGAUGCCGGCAACCAGCCAGCAAAUGUACCCAAAUGGAUGAGUUAUUUACAUAGUCACUCCUGUUGUCAACUGGUGGAAAUACUUUAGAGCUGAAUGGCCAUCGAUCCCUGUA